GAGGGGUUUGAGAUUUCGUUUUCCUUCUACCUGCAUCAGUUUAUUUCUUCUACAUAAGAUUAAUCUAUACAAGUUCUUAGUGAAAGUUGGCAAGUAUGCAUGUAUAUUUACUUUUUAUCACUUGAAUUAAAAGUAGUGACUGUUCAGAAUUUGGUCAUCUUCUUUAUCAAAAACAAGUCUGUGAAAAGGGCUGGGACCAUUUUUAUGUGGCAUUUCCUAUUUCUUCACAGAAAAAUAAUUACUCCAGUGUGAGUGACUGAGGGGAAGGAAGGAUUGAACUUCUGUACUUGGCCUAUUGUUGAGUUCAAAUUGCUUUCAUGAUAUGUCGAGUCCAUAUUGGCCCUUCACUUGUGCUUCUGAUGUGGUUUUCACAGUCAAGGGGCUGAUCAGUCUUUUACCCUUCUUGCGGGCUUUAUUUCUUGAUACUAGAUUGCCCAUUUUGUCACUCUCUUUCACUGAAGCAAGAACUAGACCAGGAGAGCUCUCCCUAUUCUUUCCUUUUCACUCUGAUAAACCAGCUCUCUUUUCCCCCUUACACACACACUGAUGGAUAAUGAAGCAGCUGGUGGUGACAAUUCCGAACCCCUCAAGUACAAGACAUGGGCCUUGAGAGUUUCUAUCCACUGUGGAGGCUGCAAGAAGAAAGUAAAGAAAGUCCUUCAAAGUAUUGAAGGGGUUUAUAAGAUAGAGAUAGACUCAAAACAACACAAAGUUAUAGUCACGGCGAAUUUGGAAGCUGAAACCUUGAUCAAGAAGCUGUUAAGGUCGGGGAAACACGCCGAGCUUUGGACAGAAAAUUCUGAGUCAAAAAAAAAUCCGAAGCAAAAAGACUCAAAAGAUGAUGAAAGUGCUACUGAUAUUGAUCAGAAGAAAACUGAGGAAUCUGAAAAUCCACCAAAGGAUAAUGGCACGGGAAAGGAAAACCAAAAGGAAGGCGAGGGCACUUCCGGUGAUGAUCACACAGAGGAACAGGGCGGAACAGCAGCGGUUGCUGCUCAGAGUGGUGGUGGAGGGGGCAGUGCAGGUAAAAAGAAGAAGAAGAAAAAGAAAAAAGGAAAUGCAGGAUCAACAAAUGGUGCUGGUGUCCCUACAGCUGCAAGCAAUGGAUCUCCUCCAGCCACCGGAAUCACAGCCUCACCUGUUGAUCAAAUGAAUCUGAACCCUCCACGUCAACACAUCUUCUCUUAUCCACAGUUUUACUACCCUGCUCCAGAAUAUGGGAUGAGUUACAAUACGACACCACCUACUGCAAGUAUUUCUACUUCAUAUUAUAACUUGCCCAUGCAUUCAUAUACAUACUUGCUCCCAUACUCUUACCCGCCACCUCCACCAUCCGAUCCAAUCCGAGAUGGUAGUCGAUAUGAUGAUUACUAUGGUGGUGAUGAAAGUGGUUGCUCAAUCAUGUGAAACAAUCAUUAGUAUACCAACACGUGCCUUUUGGGUGGGGGGUGGGGAUAUUAUUUAAGAGAUUAUGGUAAUAUAGUGUAACAAUCAGUCGUUUUUCUAUGUCCUAUUGAAACUUUAGGUAUCAGUACAUUCAUGAGGUUGAGGAUGAUAGCUAUGUUAUUUGUGAUAUAGAGUAAUUAUAAAAGAGUUGGUGUUGGAGUCUUGUAGUAUUCAACAAUUAGUCUCAACUUAUUAGGUGCAUUGAUUUCUUUGCCACGUGAUGUUGUUGACCAGUCGACAUGAUUAAAUCCCAAAGCAUAUGGUUAGCAGCUCAGUCAAGUAAGUAUUUUAUAAUUUUACGGAACUACUUAAUCAGUAUUAAGACUUAGAAGUUCAAUAAUCGUAACUGUCAAUAAGGUAUGCAUUUAGUUAGUCAAAAGUGCUCAUAGCGUAGCAAAAUAAGCAUUUGUCUUGCAAGAGGAGGAAAUGUGUCUGCAUUUACUGUUGAUUGUAUGUGAUUUGAACACAGUUUCCAUGUGGUUUGUUCAUUGUCUUGGAUUUCAUCAAAAUGUGCCCACAAACCAUUGAGCUUUUGUUAUGCUAUAUGCUUGUAGACCUAAAAACCUUCUUUUCUCUUCCCUCUCUUGUAUAUAAACAAGUUUUUUUGUUCAUAAAGCUCAAUCACAUGACAGAGUAAAUGACAAAGGAUGGAAAUGAUGAGAUUUUCUCUUUGGGAAAGUGAAAGUGAACUCUUUCAUUGGUUGAUGCCUUUUAUCUUUUAAUGUCUUCAGCUUUAAUGGUUAAGUAUGUAGGUGGGGACAUCCAACUUUAGGUUGAAAGGAAGUUUGUGUGAUCAAUUGAAACAUUCUGCUUUCAAUCUUGAAUGGAAUGUGCUCAAUAAUGGACCCAUCCAUAUACAUGUACUCAUAAGCAAUAGUGGUUUGUGUUGAGAUCUUGAGGAUCUUACUUUGAAGGCACGAGAGGGUGGAAAGGUUGCAUUUUCAUGGUCCACAUAAAGAUGGGUGUGAUGCUAUAUAUAUUUUUGUUAAGAUGUUGCCUUUGUCUUCUUCUCUAUUGACAAUUUACUCAUGGAAAUUUCUAGAGAUUAUGUUAAUUGUGAAAGCUAAAACAAAUUCUAUUUAAAUAGGUACGUUUAUUUAAAUGUGCGAAUUCUGUCUGUAGAAGGUAAAGAUAGGCUCCAAAUCCCUUGAACUUCUGGCAGUUUGAUUAAUAGAGAAUUCCUACCAAAUAAAAAAAAAGGGAUGUAAAGAAAAAGAAAGAAGAAUAAAGGGGGGUUGCUUAUAUGGCUUUUGAGCAUCCACUUGGGACUGGGGCAGUGUUAUAUCUCCUAUCUCUUUGGAAUAUUCACUUUGUGACAUGAGAGAGAGUAUAUUGU